GUCGGGGUGCACAGGCUGGUGGAGGCGAUCGGUGCGCUGCAGGGGGAGCGGUCGCAGUUACAGGUGGAGAUCGGAGAGCUGAGGCUGGACAUGGAGGAGAAGGACCGAGAGCGCCAGAGAGUGUCCGAGGAUCUGCUGCAGCAGAUGGAGGAGUUGAAGGAGAAGAUUCAGCGGCGGGAGGAGGAACUGUCUCAGCUCCGGGCAGAAAUGGGUGUCACCGACUCGGAGAAGCACGUCCAGAACCUCAGCGUGGAGAACCAAGGCCUGAAGAGGAGUCUGAGCGUCACUCAGGGCCUGCUGGAGAAAAUGGCCGCCGUCAACUCCCAGCCCUCAGCCCACCUCAUAAAGGAGAACGAGGACCUGCGCAGUAAGGUGACCCACCUGGAGACCACGCUGCAGGAGAAGGUGGAGCAGUUGGUGUACACCAAGGGCCACAUGGACAGCCUGCAAUGGCGGCGGGAGGAGGAGACGCGUCAGCUGGAGGAGAAGAUUCACGGGCUGCAACUGUCACUGGAGAGUGAGAGACACAAAGCGCCGCAUGUGCAGUACGUGACGCAGGAGGUGGAGUCACCAACGUUGCUACGCAGCUUAGCCCAAUCAGAGGAGAGGAACCGAACCCUAAUGGAGCAAGUGUCCGGCCGCGGAGAGCGAUGCCACCAGCUGGAGGAGCAGCUGCAGAGGUCCGAGGAGCUCAGCACCGGCCUGCAGGCCAAGAUUUCCAGCUAUGAGAUGGAGAUUGAGAAGCUAAAGGAGCAUCUGAUGCAGGAGAUUCACCAGCUGGAGGCCCAGAAGGAAGAGGCCAUCAAAGAGGCUUCACAAUGCUCUGAGCAGCACAUGGACACUCUGCGGGAUCAGCUCAUAGGGGUGCAGAGCCGCCUAGUGUCACUGCAGCCGGUUCUGAAGAACAUGAAGACCAACUACAACAGUCUCAGGAGCCAAGUGAGGAACUUCUCCCAGUUUUAUGAAGCCUCCAUCCAAGAGGCCCGGAGACAGGUGAGAGAGCAGAUAUGCAAUGCCGUGACCAAUGUGUCAGAGGCCAACAAAGACCUCCUGCAGAAGUAUCAGCGGGAGGUGCAGCUGCGCAAGAGAUAUCACAACCAGCUUGUGGAGCUGAAAGGAAAUAUCCGGGUGCUGUGCAGAGUGCGGCCACAAAAAGACCUCAGUGACCAGGAGGGUUCCGGAGUCUCCACCAUCAUUACUGAUGUGAAUGAUGACACCAGACUGUCUGUCACCUAUAAAGGGAAGGAGAGAAGCUUUGAGCUUGAUAAAGUCUUCUUACCGGAGGCCACCCAGGAGGAGGUGUUCCUGGAGAUCGAGCCUGUAGUCACAUCCUGCAUCAAUGGCUACAACGUCUGUAUCUUUGCUUAUGGACAGACUGGUUCUGGAAAAACCUACACCAUGGAGGGGACAGCUGACCAUCCCGGGAUGAACCUUCAGUCCCUGCGGGCUCUGUACCAAGAGAUGGAGGCACGGAAGGGCCUGUGGAGUUAUGAAGUCACACUCAGUAUGGUGGAGAUCUACAAUGAGGUCAUCAGAGACCUUCUCUCCAGGGACCCCCAGGACAAGCUGGACAUCAAGCUCCACCCGGAUGGCAGCGGCCGGCUUCACGUGCCGGGCCUGACCAGCAUGGAGGUGAAGAGUUUCCGCCACAUUAAAAAGCUUCUGGCACUGGGGCGGCGCAACCGAGCCACAUUCUGCACCAACAUGAAUGAGCGCAGCUCCCGCUCCCACGCCCUACUGACCAUCACCAUCACUGGCCGGGAAUUCAGCUCUGGGGUCAUUACUACAGGGAAGCUGCAUUUGGUGGAUCUGGCCGGCUCAGAGCGCGUGUGCAAGUCCGGUGCAGAGGGCGAGCGGCUGAAGGAGGCGCAGAACAUCAACAAGUCCCUGCUGGCCCUCGGCGAGGUGAUUCAGGCCCUGAGGGCCAAACAGCCGCACGUCCCAUUCCGCAACUCCAAGCUCACCUACCUGCUGCAGGACUCGCUGGGCAAAGGCAACAAGACCGCCAUGAUGGUCCAGGUGUCGCCCCUCGAGGAGAAUAUCGGGGAGACGGUCUGCUCUCUGAACUUCGCUCAGCGCGUCUGUAAAGUGGAACUGGGCCCGGCCGCCCGCAAGAUCGACACCGCCAAGGCCGAGAUAUGAGC